GCUUGUUAUGAAGGAAUUACCUCUCGAGAGGGCUAUAUUUGACGAUAAGCGGUGCUUCGACGGUACAUUGCCAAGUUUUUUUCAGGAAUGUGGUUUUGUACCUUCUGUUAUCAGUUAUGGGUGUCUUAUAAAUUUGUACGCAAAGAUGGGAAAGAUGUCAAAGGCCGUUGAAGUUAGUAAAAUAAUGGAGUCAUGUGGUAUUAAGCAUAACAGCAAAACAUAUUCAAUGUUGAUCAAUGGCUUUAUAAAACUAGAUGAUUAUGCUAAUGCUUUCGUUAUUUUUGAGGAGAUGCUGAAAUCUGGCUUGAAACCUGAUGCUGUUGUUUACAACAUUAUCAUCAAUGCAUUCUGCAAGAUGGGUUAUCUAGAGCGGGCUAUUUGUCUUAUUGAUGAAAUGCAGAAGGAAAGGCACAAACCUUCAUCACGGUCAUUCAGGCCUAUCAUAUAUGGUUUUGCAGUAGCUGGAGAUACGAAAAGAGCCUCAGAUAUUUUUGAUCUAAUGAGACGACAUGGUUGCAUCCCAACUGUUGAAACAUAUAAUGUCCUUAUUCUUGGUCUAGCUCGCAAGCAUCAGAUGCAGAAGGCAGUUGAAGUAAUUGACAAAAUGAUUCAAGCUGGCGUGUCUCCAAAUGAGCAUUCUUACACAACGAUUAUGGAAGGAUAUGCUACUGAUGGUGAUACUGGCAAAGCUUUUGAAUAUUUCACUAAAAUUAAGGAGGCUGGUCUGAAACUUGAUGUAUUUACUUAUGAGUCAUUACUAAAGGCAUGCUGUAAAUCGGGCCGGAUGCAGAGUGCUUUGGCAGUAACCCGGGAAAUGACCACUCAAAGGAUUCCACGGAACACCUUUAUAUAUAACAUAUUGAUCGAUGGUUGGGCUCGGAGAGGGGAUGUAUGGGAAGCUGCUGACUUGAUUCAGCAAAUGAAACUUGAUGGAGUUCUUCCUGACAUACAUACGUAUACUUCUUUCAUAAACGCCUGCAGUAAGGCGGGCGAUAUGCAGGUAAUCCAUUGCUGAACUUGUUAAUAAAAGUAUGC